AUGAGACUGGUCACAUGGUCUUUUGGCCUCUGCCUGGUCCCUCUGGUUGCCUCCCAGGUGACUUGGGACUGGGCGAAACCCAUCUCGCGUACCGGCUGGGUCGCAUCUGCGGAUAGCGUCCAGUCCGGUAACGAAGCAGCAAAGGCCAUUGACGGCAACUCUAGCACGUUUUGGCACACACAAUACAGUCCUUCGCUUGCACCGCUACCGCAUUAUAUACAGGUAGACCUGCUCAAGUCGUACGUCGUCAACGGACUCGGCUACCAGCCUCGUCAGGACGGCAAACGCAACGGAGAUAUUGGACAACACAACAUCACGGUCAGCACGGACGGCACGACCUGGUCCUCGCCCGUCGCGUACGGCAACUGGCUCAGCGACGCUACGACCAAGUACUCGUUCUGGUCCAACACGAGUGCCCGUUAUGUUCGCAUCACGGCUUCGUCCGAGGCUCAAGAUGCUGGCAACCAAUGGUCUAGCAUUGCCGAGCUGUACGUGUACAGUCCCGACACGACGCUGGACGGAAGCAAGUACGUGGCGCCCACCAAGUCGUCUCAAGGCAGCUGGGACGUGACCAUCAACCUCCCCAUCGUCCCUGCAGCGGGCGCCAUUUCUGGGGAUAACGUUGUGGUCUUCUGGUCAGCUUUCCGCCCAGAUCUCUUCUCUGGCGGCACUGGCCUGACCGAUACUGCGCUUUGGACUCCAUCGUCCCAGGCUGUUACGCCAAAAGUGGUGUCCAACACUGGCCACGACAUGUUCUGCCCCGGUAUCUCGAUGGAUGCCAAGGGUUUGAUCGUGGUCACUGGUGGCAACGAUGCCAAGAAAACGAGCAACUACCUUCCCUCAACUGGAGCCUGGCAAACUGGUGCCCAGAUGUCGAUUGGUAGAGGCUACCAAGCACAGACGACCAUUGGUGAUGGGCGCAUCUUCACAAUCGGCGGGUCUUGGAGCGGUGGCUAUGGCGGGAAGAAUGGCGAGAUCUAUAACUCGACUUCCAAUGUUUGGACGAGUCUGGCUGGAUGCUCGGUUACUCCAAUUCUCACGGCUGACGCUCAAGGGGCUUUCAGGACGGAUAAUCAUGCUUGGCUGUUUGCAUGGAAGGCGAACUCGGUCUUCCAAGCCGGGCCCAGCAAAGCAAUGAAUUGGUUCAAUGUAAGCGGUACGGGAUCCUACAAGUCGGCUGGAACCCGAGCUUCGGACCCUGAUUCCAUGUGCGGAACCGCCACCUUGUACGACGCCGUGAAUGGCUAUAUCCUCACGGCAGGCGGCUCGCCGAGCUACCAGGACUCCUCCGCGACCAAGAAUGUGCACCGAAUCAAGCUCGGCGACGCUGCAGCGACACCAACAGUCACCCAAGUCGCCAGUAUGUCGUACGCACGAUCAUUCGCCAACGCUGUUGUGCUCCCGGACGGUAAGACGCUCGUCUUUGGCGGACAGUCCUAUGCGGUCCCCUUCACCGACACGACGUCGUCCUUACCUUCUGAGCUUUUUGACCCCUCGACUCUGCGUUGGACGGUCGUCGCCCCAAUUGCCGAGCCUCGCAACUACCACAGCAUUGGACUCUUGUUGCCGGAUGCGACAGUUCUGAGUGGCGGCGGCGGGCUUUGCGGGACUGGUUGUCAGCAGAACCACUUCACAGCCCAAGUCUAUAGCCCUCCUUACUUGUUCAAUGCUGACGGCAGCCGAGCAACGCGGCCCACGAUCAAAACAGUAUCAGCGACGACGCUGAAGCCAGGCGCGACCUUUACUGUGUCGACGGACGUGGCGGCCACUUUCUCCCUCAUCCGUCACGGCUCAUCCACGCACACGGUCAACACGGACCAAAGGCGUGUGCCGCUGACAACGACCAAUGCGGGCACCUUGACCUACAGCAUCACGCUCCCGACUGAUCCCGGCGUGCUCUUGCCUGGAUACUGGAUGCUCUUUGCGCUCAAUGGGGCCGGGGUUCCGAGCGUGGCGACGCAGUUUUUGAUUUCCUUGCCGUGA